GAAGUCACAACGUAUGCAUGUGAGUGAGAGCACUGGGACUAGAGUGUUGUAUCAUUGUUGCUGUGACACGCCUGAGUGAGCUCUUCUUUUAAACUGGCUGAAUCUACUUUGUGGGUGGAAGGGCGGGGACUGAACUUGAAGAGUUGCUCAACUGGAGUCAUAUAUGUGCAUUGAAGAGGAUCUGGGAACAUUUUCUUUUCUUGGACAUGGAUAAUUUUGUUCGUAACAAACUAAGUGAGUGGGGUCUCAGCAAGUUGAUAGCUACUUUUAAAGAUCAUGAAAUCAAUGAGGCCCACUUUUACAAUCUUGUGGAUGAAGAGAUCAACAUAUUGGUCCCAAAAAUUGGACCAAGGAAAACAUUCAUGCAACAAUUCAAGUUGUUAAAGGUGUUGCCAUCCACCAGUGAGGCAAAUUACACAAGAAACAUUGAUAUGGAUCCUAGAAAGGAGUCCAGCCAAUGCCAGUCACCAUGUGUUAAACGUAAACGGUCCUACGCUGCAGCAGGAAACAUGGAUAUGGAUCCUAGAAAGGAGUCCAGCCAAUGCCAGUCACCAAGUGUUGAACGUAAAUGGUCCUACUCUGCAGCAGGAAACAUGGAUAUGGAUCCUAGAAAGGAGUCCAGCCAAUGCCAGUCACCAAGUGUUAAACAUAAACGGUCCAGCUCUGCAGCAGAGGAAUCCAUAACGUGUAAAGUGAAAAAGAUAAUGAAAGACGUCAAGAUGAAACUUCAAAAUGAAGAGAAGACAAAGCUCAAUGAUUUCCUGAAGAAUAAAAUCUCUGAUUUGGAGACCAGAAAAAGGAUGCUGGUCGGUGUUUUUGGAAGAACUGGGGCUGGAAAGAGCUCUUUGAUAAAUGCCAUCGUUGGAGAGAAGAAUCUUCUGCCCUCUGGAAGCGUCUGUGCAUGCACCUCAGUCAUGUUCAAAGUGGAGGCAAACAACGACAGCAAAAAGUAUGAGGCAGAAAUAGAGUUCAUUAAAGAAGAGGACUGGGAAGAGGAGUUGUGGAAUUACAUGAAUCUUCUGGAUGAUGAUGAUGAUGCUCGUGAAAAGAUGACAGCACUGUACAGAGAAGAUUGCAAAUCAAAAUCUGUUGUAGAACUCAUGGACAAGAAGUAUUUCAAAGGAAUUCCUGAAUUCCUCAGUUCGGACAAGAAAACGUUGAAAUGUGAAUCUGCUAAAGAGCUAAGUGAAAAAAUUGUCAAGUACAUAAGUGCCUCAAACGAGGAAGGAGAUGGAGUGAGACAGUACUGGCCCUUAGUGGAAUGCGUGACGGUCAGGUUGCCUAACAAAGAACUUCUCCAGCAUGUCACACUUGUGGACCUUCCAGGAAAUGGAGACCGUAACAAGAGCAGAGACAACAUGUGGAGAAAGAUGGUUGGAAGUUGUUCUACUGUGUGGAUUUUGGCUGACAUUAAUCGAGCUUUAGCAGAGAAAGACGCUUGGGAGAUCUUGCAAAAUGCCAAUAGCCUGAUCGGAAAUGGUGGCGAGUGUCAGCGCAUUCACUUCAUCUGCACCAAGUCUGAUAAUGUUGAUGAUUCCGAUGAUCAGUCAGUUCGUGAUCUUGUGCUCAAAAGAAACCAAGAAGCCAAGCGCAUAGUGAACGCAGAAUUCCAAAAAGAAUACCCACAAUCCAGCAAACAAUUCUCAUUCGAAGUGUUCACUGUGAGCUGCAAGGAGUUUCAUAAAAGCAGACAUCUACAGUUAGAUGACACCGAAAUUCCCAAACUUCGGGAUGUUCUGCAAAGUCUGAAUAACAAUCACUCAGAGGCAUUAAACUAUGUGUCUGGAGCUCAUGGGAUUCUCUCUCUGAUUCAAGGGACAAGAUUCAGGGGCGUGGCUGACAGUAAAAUGAAGGCUUGCAGAGACCUUCAAGAAAAGAUGCAGCAUGAACUCGAAAAACUCAAUAAAACAAUCGUCAAGAUUUACAGGACUUUUGAACGAUGCCUCACUGAGGGGGUUGAAGAAUCACAAGAUUCAUGCGAAAGACAGAUGCUCUCAAUGUUACAUCCUCGAGGAGAAAAUGGCAGUGCCUUCCACAAGAGAUUGAAGUUUGCUGUUAUGAACAAUGGCGUCUUCAACGCAAAGAAAGGACAGAAAAAGAACAUCAACAUUACUUUAAGUUCAAAACUGACUGGCAGCAUUGAUGAGGAAUUCAAGAUGACCUUCCCAAAUGAAGACAAAAGUGGACCAUUCAAGGGCGCCAUUGAUUCAUUUUCACUGGACACAGAGAGAAUGAAUAAAACCUACAAAGAUGUUCGUCUGCAACUGCGUUUUCUCAAGACAGAGGAGGAAAAACUCAAGGCAAAACUCAAAAAAAUCAUCCGGGAGGAUAAGAAAAAAGUCUACAGCAGUCUGACAUCGACAAUUGAGGAAAACAUGCAGAAAUGCUACACAGACGCAGCAGUGAUUAAAGGAGUCGGCUCCCUGGAAAACAUGAGGUGCACAAUCAAGAAACAUGUACAUGAUGUAAAGGACACCAUGUUUCAGAUGGCGAAAGACAACAUGCUGAAGCAACUAAAGAAGUUGAGGGGGAAAAUCUUGAAAACGCUGGAGGAAACGCUGAUGGAAUCAAUCCAGCUGUCACUCUGGACCGAUGACUUCUCAUUCCCAGAUGUUUCAGUAGAGCUUGACAGGGUGGAGACAUUCUACAGUCAACUGGAAGCCAACCCAAAUCCAAACUGAGCUUUCAAACAGAUGUUCCUUACUGUCAAUGACAAACAAUGACAACAUAUUACAAGAAUAACACAACAAACAUACACAUUACACAACUAUAACACACAUUUUCAUCAAGAUAUUAUCCUGGUUCUCUUUGGGUGUACUUUGAAUUUGUUUUUUGUAUCUUACAUGCAGAGAUUUUAAUGUUUGUUUGAUUUUAUUUAGAUUCUUGUGUAUUGCUUGAUUGGCACAUGAGUGCUCCUGAUUUAAGGAUGUUUAACGUGAAUCUUAGAUCUUGAAUACAAGUUUUAAUUAUAGGCUGGAUUAGACAUAAACUUCUAGCUUUUCGAAUUAUGAUCUCAGAUGACUUUAUUUUAUUCUACUUUUUAUCAUUUUGGGGAUUUGACUAAAUAUAUUGAAUAAAUGAUUAUUGGUGUGUUCUGGAAAGCAGAAAAGGAAGUGUGAGAAAUUUCACCUGCAUUCAGCAAGAAUGAUUCAGGCAAGAAAACAGAGCAUGCAGACACAUGGAUGGUCUAUAAAUACGGAUGACAUUUUUUUCUGAAGCCAAUCAUUGCUGGCAUUUUUAAGUUGUUUUAAAUGUAUGUUUACGUCUGUGACUAAGAAACAAAGAUGCUGAAAAGCGAGUGGUUCAUCUCUGGUUGCUGUGGGGAAGCCGCGGUGGAAUCAACUGCAACAAUGGUUUUAUUCCUUUAUUAAAGCAUUUACUGUUUGUUUGAAUUUUCUUUGUUAGUCCAACCGGGUUACGCCAUUAUUGGUUAUAUUGUUUACAGAUAUAUUUUUGGUUAUAUUCUUAAUUUCCAUAUCAUUUGUUUGAGCGCAGCUUAGUGCCACACUGUUGUGAGGCUGAGCACUCCGGGUGAAGUCACCACAUAAUGCAUGUGAGUGAGAGCACAGGGACUAGAAUGUUGUAUCAUUGUUGCUGUGACACACCUGAGACGGAAGGGCGGGGACUGAACUUGAAGAGUUGCUCACCUGGAGUCCUAUAUGUGCAUUGAAGAGGAUCUGGGAACACUAUCUUUUCUUCGACAUGGAUGAUUUUGUUUGUAACAAACUAAGUGAGUGGGAUCUCAGCGAUUUGAUACAGACUUUUAAAGAUCAAGGAAUCGAUGAGGACCACUUUUACAAUCUUGAGGAUGAAGAGAUCAAAGAAUUAAUCCAAAAAAUUGGACCAAGGAAAACAUUCAUCCAGCAAUUUAAGUUGUUAAAGAAAAAAAAUAACACAUCUACAACAAAACAGGAAACCAUGAAUUCAGCUACACAAGUUUCGCCAUCCACCAGUGAAGCAAAUGAUACAAGAAACAUGGAUAUGGAUCCUAGAGAGGAGUCCAGCAAAUGCCAGUCACCAAGUGUUAAACGUAAACGGCCCAACUCUGCAGCAGGAAUGAAAUGGAAACCAAAAGUAGCAACUCAACAGGCAGAUGCAGCACUCAAGCAUGCUGACGUUGUGGGCCAUGUUCAACAAGGAAGGGGCGUUUUAGGCCGAGGCCAGAUUAGGCCUUUUUGGAACAAGGUACCACCAUCAGAAUGCCGAAAGUUGGUAGGCCCGGAGUUCCGGCAGGAGGAGGCAACAAGAUGUGCUCAGGCUGUAACUCAGGCAAAACAGGGGCAGUGGGAAAUGGAAACAGGCAAAAGCUUCCUGCUUUCAUUCCAAAAUCUCCAGCAGUGGCUGAAUGAAGAUCCAUCCUGCUCACUAUGCCUAACCCGAGCUACCCUCAAACACAUCCUCACAAGCUGUAAAGUAAGUCUCACACAAGGUAGGUAUACGUGGAGACACAACCAAGUACUUAAAUGCCUGGCAGCAACUAUUGAAACAAAGAGAACUGCCAACAAUGCCUUGCCAUCCAAAACAAAGAGGGAACAGGAACAGCGAGCGUCUACUCCACUGACCAGGAGUGGGCAAUUGGAGCAUGCCCGAGACUGGGAAAUGCUGGUGGAUUUAGACCAGCAGCUAAAAGUCCCAUCACACAUUGUCACCACCACACAAAGACCAGAUCUGGUACUCUGGUCCAAUACCAUCCGCGUUGUCUACUUAAUAGAAUUGACAGUACCCUGGGACGAUGCUGUUGACAAAGCGAAUGAGAGGAAAAGGCUUCGGUAUGCAGAAGUGGCAUCUAUGGCAGAGCAACGAGGCUGGAAAGCAAUAGUUCGCCCUGUGGAGGUUGGCUGCACGGGUCGUAAUGCAACAUCCACCAUCACGUUGCUUGAAGAUCUGGGAAUCCACGAACAAGCUCUGCACCAGACCAUAAAAGAAACAGCAGAACGCUGCAGCCAAUGUCUCAUGACCAGUAGGAACGAUCUUAACUGGGCCCCAAGUUGUUAGGAACAUACACCUAGGCCUGUUUUCAUUUUAAGGCCAAAACAACUACUGAUGCUAGGCGCUGACGAUCCGUCCCUGACAACUGUUGGUGGUCAGUAACAUCUGCUAAAAACUUCUAGCAGUUGGUAUCUUUACUUGUGCAGAAGACCUUCAAACAUACAAGUGAAAUUCACAAUCCUGUCCUAUGUUCUAAAACCAUAGUCCAGUAGAGAAACCCAUUAUAUUUAAAGCAGUAACAAUAUUAUCUGUCAUUUUCAUUUGGUCCUGAGUAAAACUAAUUAGCACGUACUGAGUCAAGUUUGUUUUGAUAAAAACAUGAUGGCAAUCCACCAGCGUACAAGUGCAUGAGGCCUUUUAAAGGAAUGUGAGAUGGUAGUCUGACUGGUUGAUGUUCCACACAAAACACGUCAUUGAUUAAUUCAGACACUGGGUACUAAGUACUACCAACUAUGUACUUGGUGCUUCAAUCAUUUUUGCGAUGGUAGUAAAACUGUAUUCCCUUUGGAACUCUCUCCCUUUCCAUCAUCCGAUCCUCCCCUGAAAUUUGUAAUAGUAAUCUGGAAACACGUUUUUAUUCAUCAGCCUUUCAAUGUGCCUGAAUUGUUUCUCUAUUAUUAUUGUUACUGGUGUAGGUAGUGGUUAUUAUAAUGCAAUAUUUUUGUUCUUGUUUUAGAUUUCACAGUUGUUUUUGUGUUGUAAAGUACUUUGGAUCAAUAAUGUUGUGUUUCAAGUGCCAUUUGAAUGAAGUUGAAGUAAUUUCUAAUAAAGCCAAUGAACCCAUAAUUAAACUUAUGUAAAACAGGAAUAAAAUCUCUGAUUUGGAGACAAGAUAAAGGAUGCUGGUGCUCGUGGAAAGAUGACAGCACCGUACAGAGAAGAUUGGGAAUAUAAAAUCUGUUGAAGUACUCAUGGACAAGAAAUAUUUCAAAGAAAUUACUGAAUUCCUCAGUCGGAACAAGAAAACAUUGAAAUGUUACUCUGUUAUUAAAAUAAAAAUAGUCUUCAUAUUGA